UUCACCAUGGCAGACGACUACACAUUCGAGAACCAAUCUGCCGCCCAAGCUCCAUUUGCCGAACUGCUUUCUUCCUUCUUCCGGCACGCAGAUGACCCAACCUCGAACAGGUAUCUGGACCUCUUCACUUCAAAUGGCCAACUAAACUUCGGCCCUACCGUGGCCAUCGGCAAAGAGGCAAUUCAAAUUUCCAGAGAGCAUUCGCUAAACCCGGAAAGGGGACCCCUUGUAGCCCAAAGGCACCGGUUAAGAAAGAUCUUCUUACCAUUGGGUGUAUCAAGUCCCGGAAAGCAAGAGGUCUUUGCAAAUGGAUCGGUAUCGUACUGGUUGAAAUCAGGGCGGCAGGUGGACUGCAAUUGGGCCAGCUGGGUGGUUUUCCAUGACCAGGGUGAGGGCAACUGGCAAGCCGAUUUCUAUGAGGUGUACCUUAGCACAAGUGAGCUGUAUGAUGCUAUCAGAGAAAUGGUAAACCCUGCU